GGCCUGAAUACUGUCUUCUAGCCUGAGGCCUCAACAAAGUUUCCAAAUCCUUCGAGAACACCUGCAGCCAUGGUUGGCUGACUGGACGGCGCUGUGAACUGACGAUAGGAGAACAAACGAAACACCAUCUGUCCUAUCGCGGCUCCACGCCUCGACAGCCCUCAACCUCCACGUCUACCUUCUCCAUUCCCGACUUCUCUUCAUUUCAGCUAUUCAAUACUACAACUCCUAAUUAGAGGUCAUCUCGCACACUCCUUGAUUCCCUUGACUGUUUGAAUCCCGACCCAACAAUUUACAACGCCUGUGACUUUUCCCCCGAACCUUCGGCAGGGCAGACGACACAACACAAAGCAAGGAGGCGUGAGCCAGUACUGCGCAUCCGGCGUAAAUCUAUUUCUCGUAUCGCCAACUCGUCCUCAUUCCAUACCACCGUCCAGUCCUACGGUCCUGUGUUCGACAUUCGCGAUGGCCGUCUCUUCCAUUCAAGACCGGACGAACGAGUUCAGGUCGGUUCUGGCACAAGCACAAAAGCGACAGGCAUCUUCGAAAGUUGGGGCACAGAGACAGUCUCUUCUCACAGAUUCGCAAAAGGCGGCUGCGAAUGGUAAUGCGGAUGGCAAACCCAGGAGGUCCGAGUUCGCGCGGAGAGCGGCAGAGAUUGGGAGAGGCAUAUCCACGACCAUGGGCAAAUUAGAAAAGCUGGCGCAGUUGGCCAAGCGGAAAACAUUAUUUGACGACCGACCCAUAGAGAUCAACGAGUUAACAUCCAUCAUCAAACAAGACCUCUCCUCUCUAAACCAGCAAAUCGGCUCCUUACAAACCCUCACCCGAUCACAGCACCCCAAAGCCGACCAGGAAGGCGAGCACAACAAGAACGUGGUAUUCCUACUCCAAGGCAAACUCACAGAUGUAUCCGUCAAUUUCAAAGAUGUGCUGGAGGUCCGGACGAAGAAUAUCCAAGCCUCGCGAGCACGAACUGAGAAUUUCGUCUCAUCAGUAUCCGCAAAUGUCGCGCCAGCUAUAUCACAAUCCGCAUCUCCAUUAUACAGUACACCGGCUAGAGGGUCUCCCGCGCCGGGGGCAGGGCAGGACUUAUUAUCUUUGAAUCCAGUGGGGGAUCAGCAGUUACUUAUGAUGGAAGAGGCGCAACCUCAGAAUACAUAUAUCCAGCAGAGAGGAGAAGCAAUCGAGGCCAUUGAACGGACGAUCAGUGAACUUGGCGGUAUUUUUGGGCAGUUAGCAUCUAUGGUUUCGGAACAGAGCGAGAUGAUCCAGAGAAUUGACGCUAAUACCGAGGAUGUGGUGGAUAAUGUGCAGGGUGCGCAGAGGGAGCUGCUGAAGUACUGGUCGAGGGUAUCGGGCAAUCGCUGGCUGGUUGCCAAGAUGUUUGGCGUGCUGAUGAUUUUCUUUUUACUCUGGGUUCUUAUCGCAGGAUAGAGCCAUGUAUCCAGCCAUGGCUUGCUUUCGCAUACAUGCACGCUUACCACCACCCAUGCGGUCUAUUUUCUUUCUUUCUCUGUACAAUUACUGUAGACAGGACACGGCGCAUAGAAUGAAUAUACCUUUAAUCUGCAGCCUUGGAGCUGUUCUCACCAA